UCAGCAGCUUCUUCUGCUUUCAAUCACUCUCGCCGACGAUUUUCUCACCGGAAAAAAUAAUCAUUGCGGAUACACAAACUAUAAUGGACCUUCUCUUGUUGGAGAAGUCUCUAAUCGCCGUCUUCGUGGCGGUGGUUCUCGCCACGGUGAUUGCAAAGCUCCGCGGCAAGAAAUUGAAGCUACCUCCAGGUCCAAUGCCGAUUCCGAUCUUCGGAAACUGGCUUCAAGUCGGAGAUGAUCUCAACCACCGUAAUCUCGUCGAAUACGCUAAAAAAUUCGGCGAUCUCUUCCUCCUCAGGAUGGGUCAGCGAAACCUAGUCGUCGUCUCUUCACCGGAUCUGACUAAAGAAGUACUCCACACACAAGGCGUUGAGUUUGGAUCCAGAACGAGAAACGUCGUGUUCGACAUUUUCACCGGGAAAGGUCAAGAUAUGGUGUUCACUGUUUACGGAGAGCAUUGGAGGAAGAUGAGAAGGAUCAUGACGGUUCCGUUCUUCACCAAUAAAGUUGUUCAACAGAAUCGUGAAGGUUGGGAAUUCGAAGCUGCGAGUGUUGUUGAAGAUGUGAAGAAGAAUCCAGAUUCUGCUACUAAAGGAAUUGUGUUGAGGAAACGUUUGCAAUUGAUGAUGUAUAACAAUAUGUUUCGUAUCAUGUUCGAUAGAAGGUUUGAGAGUGAGGACGAUCCUCUUUUCCUUAGGCUUAAGGCUUUGAAUGGUGAGCGAAGUCGAUUAGCUCAGAGCUUUGAGUACAACUAUGGAGAUUUCAUCCCUAUCCUUAGACCAUUCCUUAGAGGUUAUUUGAAGAUUUGUCAAGAUGUGAAGGAUCGAAGAAUCGCUCUUUUCAAGAAGUACUUUGUUGAUGAGAGGAAGCAAAUUGCGAGUUCUAAGCCUACAGGUAGUGAAGGAUUGAAAUGUGCCAUUGAUCAUAUCCUUGAAGCUGAACAGAAGGGAGAAAUCAACGAGGACAACGUUCUUUACAUCGUCGAGAACAUCAACGUUGCUGCGAUUGAGACAACAUUGUGGUCAAUCGAAUGGGGAAUUGCGGAGCUAGUGAACCAUCCUGAAAUCCAGACUGCAAAUUUGAUUGAAGAUCAUCGGCUUCAUCGUUGUGUAGCAGCAAUUAUCAGGCAAAAGCAAUACUUUGAGCAGAGGAGACAGCAACAGCAUCAGUUCUCAGUUGGGAUUGAGAGCUGUACUAAUGAUAUAAACAAUAGUAAUCAACACUCAAGAGAACACCAAUCUCUGGAUAUUCUCAAUUUGCUGAACUUGUCAACCGCUACUCCUGAAUGCAAAUCUUCUUGUCCAGAAAAUGGAAUGCAAGAUCUGGAUACUGAUUUCUACAGCCUUAAGGACAACAUUUCCGGAGUAGGAAGUUCAUUUAACCAUAUAGCAGAACCUACUUCCUCUAAGAGGACUUUGUUUAGUCUCCCUGACAACCAGACAAGUGAUUUCAAGAAAGCAAACACCACAGCAGAUCUGAUGGAUGGCACAGAGCGGAAGUUAUCUGUCUUUGAUUUGGUUGGUGAUGAUCAUAUAACAACCAACCUGGAAGAAUGUUCUCCGUCUGAGGCUCACAUGGCAUUUUCAGUUGAAGGAUUAGGUAAAAUAAAAACGGAAACUCCAGAUAGUUCUCCACAACCAUCAGACAGAACCUUUGUGUACCGGUGCUCCUCUCCAUGGAAGGAUACUGGUCAACCAGGUACAUCACAUGUCAGGGAAAGGCUCAACGACUUUGAGAACGAAGUGGACACAAUAAUUGAAAGUAGCAAAAUGUUCCAAGAUGACAGCCGUUAUAGGUCACCAAUUGGCAUACAUGCUAAAGAUGGGGGCAGAAAGCAAAAACUGCAGACUUUCAGUGAUCACUUGCACAAACAAUAUAGCGACUCAAGAGGUUACUUCUGCGACGUUGCAGAUUUCAACAACAGCAGGUUCUCUGACGAUGAAUGGAAUGCUAAGUCCGCCUUUCUUGAUGACGGGGAAGCUAGUUUUUACUGGAAGGGCGAGCAGCCAUGCCAAAAGGAAAGUUUGAACCCUGAUUUCCUGAAAUAUGGUAAGGGUUACACUGAGAGUCGCUCUUCUGAAGAACACCAUAGGAAAAAGAAGAGGGAUUACCUGGAAACGACCUGGAGGUCCAACAUUAGAGAUUCACCAACUCGAAGAUCACAUCUUUUAGAAACGAAUAUCGAUCAUCCAAGUUUCGCUAAGCCAGCUUAUUUCAGAACCUCCGACUUUGAUUUUGACAAUGUAUUUGACCAACCGGUUUGGUCAUCCAUUGUACCUGAGGAAGAUAAAGACAGCCAUAGUUUGCGUAGCGAAGAAUCUUGCUCGUCUAGUGCAGUUUGGACAAAUGAAACCCACAAUUCACAGUUUGAGACCAACACAAGACAAAGGAAAAGGGAAACUAAUUCGUUUCGCAACCUUGGAGACAAGAAGUAUCUGAAUUAUAACCUUUUCCAAGAAUCGUGGGAAGACUGGGAUGUGGAUGAUCAACGUAUGAAGCGACAAGUUGGGUCUGGAAAGCAGGUCAGACUAUCAAACCCAGUAAAGUUAAAAUCUACCAGUCAGAGAGAAGGUGGUCUAGACGCGUCUUACAAUUGGUUUGCUGAAGGAUUUACAUCUGCAGGCUUAAACUCAGAUGUUACAAGUGAGAGGGACAAGCCAUAUCCUUUCCUUAACGCUGAGCUUGGUAGCUCGCACUGGGGUUCAUCUCGGGCCCCUGAUUCUAUUCCGGAAACAUGGGUUCCCAAGUUUUCAGUAGGAGGCACUGGAGAUGAUGAUGAUGAAGACGACUAUGUAAACUGUUUAUCAGCAAACCAUAAAUCUAAACUAGCAGGAGACACAUGCGGUUUUGAGAAUGACACGUUAUCAGAGAACGAUAAUGAGCAAAGCAGAGAAGUAAAUCACCCAAAAAUCCAGGGAGAUGAGACCUCAUCAUCUGUUGCAAAGAGCCUCUCAGACGAAAAUGAGUAUGUACGGUGAACAUUGUCACACACUUCUUUCUGUUCUUCACUAACAUCUCUUACAAUAUGUUACCCUGACACAAAAAUUACUAAUUGUUGUUAGAUGUAACCCCAACAAGGAGGUCAUGCAAGCUCGUCACCAAGUAAACAGAGGUAAAUUGAAUUCUGUUUGCUAGGAUAAUUUGGUUAUUAUUUACCAGUAUUAUUUCAAUAAACUAACAUAUGAAUC